AUCAACGGUGGCAACGUCUACAACUCGCCCUUCAACUUGCGUGGCGAUCCCGCUGCGGCUGCCUAUGGGGCGAAGAGCCUGGCAGAAAGCACCAUGCCGCCCUCCACGGUUGUGGCGGGCGAUGAGAUCACUUUUCAAGUGCAGCUCCGCGACGCUUACGGAAACAUCCUGCC